AUGUCUUUUUAUUUAUAAACUAUUUCCUCAGAAAAAAAGAAAUUGUCUAGAUUUCAGAAAUCAAUCCAUCAUCAAUUGCUGAAAGCCAAAAAUUCUAUAAUUUAUUUAAGUAAAUCUAUAUUAAUUAUUCUUUAUUUCUGGAUACAAAAUUUGCUUUGUAGAAAACUAAAAAGAAGUAGUUCUUGGAGAAUUUUUAGGAAUUGUUUAAUAUAGUGAGGAUCAAUUAGAAAAUAAGAUUUAGAUUAAUUAUUUCUUUUUAUUCGAUAUCAAAAUUUUUAGGAAUUCAUUUAAUUGUUUCUAAAAGAUUAAUUAAAAUAACAGAUAAUUAUUGGAACAAUUGGCAAGAUAAUUAAUAAAUUGA